CAGCAACAGUCUAUUGCUGUGGCAGUAUAUUGUCAAACUAUGUUCAGGGCAUCUAUGAAGCCCUUUUCACUAACAGCGACCUAGCAGCACGGAGUGUUCUUGCUGAUGAACAUGGCAUGUCAACCAGUCCUCUCUCAAAGCAGGAUUUAGCACGCAGUUAUACGGAGUACAGCGCUGGAAUUGGGUGCUUUCUAACAAGAAUACAAACCGACCUUCCUACUACAACAUGGGCCAUUGAUGCUAUCAUCAGAUAAGACAAACGACGAUCUUUAUUCACCGAUCUCCGGGGUCCUUUGCUUUUCCUUGUCCUCGGAGUUGGGACAAGCUCUCGGCCUUGGUGUUCGGUACGGACGUUGGAAACCGAAGGUCGGACAUGUCAUAGACAGCAACAUGAACACACAUAUAUUCCUUCUACAUCCUUCUUGCUUUAUCCUUUUUACUCCUCCGAACUAACCCAAAUGAACCGCCUUUAUUUAUCAACCAGAAAGGGAACAUACCUUUCCAUCAAGCCGUCCUAUAAUAGGUCUCUCUCCAUCGCAGCCAGGAUGUCACUGGGAAACGUCGAGUAUGCCACAAAGGUAGAGUCUUACGCGGAGACUCAUCUCAUUCCCACCGAACCGGGGCUUGUGCAUGCGCAUGAAAAUACGGUCGAGAGUGAAAUAGCCCUGACCCCUACUCAAGGGAAGUUUUUCUCCCUGCUCGGUACCAUGAGCAGUGCCCGAAAUGUUCUAGAAAUUGGCACGCUAGGCGGCUACUCGAGUAUCUGGUUUUCCAAGGCAGUCAGAGAAAGAAAGGGGAAGGUCACUACCAUUGAGAUUGAUAGUGACAGACACAAAAAUGCGAUCAAGAACUUGCAACUCGCUGGCGUGAAGGUCCCGGAUGAAGUGGAGGUGUUGCUGGGAGCUGCCUUGGACAUCCUCCCAAAGGUGGAAGCUGAGAUUGAACGGGGCGAUAGGGAAAGAUUCGACUUUGUGUUUAUUGAUGCCGACUGGAUGAAUAAGUGGAAAUAUUUUGAUUACGGGGUGAAUCUGUCCAAGGGGAAGGGGAGUGUGAUUUGCGUGGAUAAUACGGUGCAGGCGUUAUUCUAUACAGGCACCAUGGGUGCUGACCUGAGGCAAAAGGGGAUCGUUCCCUUGAUAGAGAAAGUAGGAGAGGAUGGCAGAGUCGAUGCAGUGCUGAUGCAGACUGUUGGGAAGAAAGGCCACGACGGCUUUUUGAUGGCGGUUGUGAAGUGAUUACGAGUCCAACGCAUCCCUAUUUCUGUACAAAUUGCACGUCAUAAGCCUGAAUAAUCAGCAAUCCCUCUCAGAUAUGCCAGAAGACAUAGGUUUCCCA